AUGAUGAAAACGAUGAAGAAAAUUGCGACUGCAACAGAGAAGGCUAGGGCUGAUGACGACGGUUGCAAGUCUUUUGCGGCGAGGCCUGUCCAGGCGAAGAAGCAAUCGGCUCCACCAAUGAGACUUUCUCAAAACCCUAAAGCCGUGAUUAAGAAACAACUGAAGAAGCCUUGCAAGUCUGUUUCAACAAGGCCUCUAGAGAUAACGAAGAAGAAGCAGUCGAUUCCGGAAGUUUCUGGAAACCCUAAAGCUGUUCCAGCGGUGAAGAAGAACGAUAAGGAUACGUUGGAGCUGUUCGAAAUAGCCAAGAAAUCAGCUGACGUGGCCAACACGAAGGGACUUCUGGCGGCCAAAGCAGAGACAUCUAUCUGUGUGGAUACUCUCUCUUUGCUCAUCACUAUGCCAAUAAGCGCAACAGCUCCUGAAACGAGGAGGAUCAUGGAGAGGCUUGGUCAUCUCACAAGGCACAAAGAUCGUAAAAUCUGCAAUUCUGCAUCGGCUCUUUUACAACAUUGGAGUCUGAGCAUCAGAGAUCAACAACACUAAGAUGCCCUCUAAAACUCAAAGGACAAAACACACGAAGGAAGUUAGUAGGCUUUGUAAUUUUGACAACAACGUCGGUUGUUUUAUUAUUCUUGGCAAAUUUACCACUUUAUAUUUCAAUUGCUCUAAAGCUAACCGUAAAGAAUUUGCUUUCACAAUCAAUGUUUGUGUUGUUAUCUGUUUAUGCGUAUUAAUUGAAAUUGGAUUUUUUUUCAGUUGUAAAUCAGUGCAUGAGAAAGUUUUGAUUUUUAUCUGACUUAAAAGUCAAGGGAUAAUUUUUGAGAUGAUUGAAUGGGUAUUCAUGUUCGUAUAUAUUUUUAGAUUUGAUUCCUCCAUAAGAAUAAAGCAGAGAUGUGUAUGGAAAAUAAACAGAACAUAAGGGAACUUGACAAGACACUCUGGCUUGUACGAAGCAAUGCCUUUGACAAGAAACUAGUCGACUUCAAGUCGUUGAUUGUUAUUAUUCUUCGAUAGAUUACACUAAUGUUGUCACCCGUUUAAAUUUUCAUCACUCAAAAAGUAAAAUGUUGUGAGUUGUAAAUAUAUAAGGCAUAUUUUUUUUGCAAUCUCUCUGUGUGUUGUUCAAGUUGAAGUGUAUUCUUUUAUGCGAAUACAUGACGAAAUUGAAGAUUGAAAUGUAAACUUUGUUUUUAGUAGUAACUGAGAGACAUAGACAAUAAGUCAAUGCUCGAGAAAGAUUUCAUUGUUUCUUGUCUUUUUCCAAAUUUACACAUUCUUCUAUGGUCCAACAAUUGGCAAUUGCUUUAAAUAUUUCCUCUGCUUCUCUGUUCAGCCAUACAUGAAAGCCAUAGUGAUACACAUCAAGUUAUCAACUCAUAGCCAGAUAAAUAGCGAUAUCUAUAACUACUGACUAACUGAAAACGUUGGUUGUUAAUCCUGACACAGAAUAGUAAGGAAUGUUUGAGUUGUGAAUAAAUUAGUAUUUUCUCAGUCUCUCAACUGAACGUUUGUUUGUAUGUUUGUUUCAUGAGACUAGAGUUUGAUAUGCGAAGACUGGCGUCUCAGUUAUAAUCAAAAGAUAAUACUUGAGAAUAUCAGUUCCAAAUUUUGGAGCAGAUUGCUAUGUUUAGUAAGUCCGGUUAUUAUCAUG